AUGCGCUUCCUGUGUCUGCACGGUGCCGGCACCAACGGCGAGAUCUUCGAGAUCCAGACCGGCGGUAUACGCCAACAGCUCGAGAAAAAGGGCCACACCUUCAAAUUCGUAAACGGCAAGAUGGACGCCGCCGUGGAGUCAGAACUCGAAGGCGUCGUCGACGGCCCCUUUUACAACCACUACCCACGCGACCCCACUUUACCAAGCGCUCACCUGGUCGAAGCAUUCGAGCACAUCCGAAACUUAAUCAUCACCAAAGGACCCUUCGACGCCGUGAUGGGCUUCUCGCAAGGCGGCGCUCUAGCCGCAGCUCUAAUCGCACACCAUAGCAAGACGCACCCGAGCGAGCCACCCCUCUUCCGUGCGGCCGUAUUUAUCUGCAGCGGGGCACCGUGGGAGAGUGCGGGACUAGCAUAUAUUUCGCCGCAGCCUGAUACGUAUUCGAUUGCCAUUCCCACGGCGCAUAUCGUCGGCAAAACGGAUCCACUGUAUCCGGAGAGUAUGAAGUUGUAUGGACUUUGUGAGCCGAGUAAGGCGGCUUUCUAUGACCAUGGCUCUAAGCAUAUGGUGCCGUUUGAUAAGGAGAAUACGGAGCAGAUGACUCGGGUUAUUGAACAGACUGUUGCUAAGGCUAUUCGGGGGUAG